AACGAGGAGGAGGAGGAGGAGGAAGUGCUGGGGUUGCAGCUGUCCGACGAGGACAAUGAGGAUGGAGGAGGUGAGGAGGAUGGAGGAGGUGAGGAGGAGGAAAAUGAGGCUGAAGAUGAAGAUGGGGACCUGUCCAUGGAAAGCGACCUGGAGGAGCGCCAUCCAGACACCAAGCUGCCCCACGAGCUCUCCUGGGGGCAGCGCAAGCAGCUCUACUAUGACACGGACUAUGGGAGCGAUGCCCAGGCCAAGGGCAAGCGUAGCCAGCAGGAAAUCGAUGCUGAGGAGGAGGAAGAGGAGCAGGAGGCCCAAAUCAUCCAGAGACGGUUGGUGCAGGACUUGGGGGAGGAUGAUUAUGGGCUGGAUAUGAUCCAGGGCUACAUGGCUGAGCAGCAGAAAGCCCAUGAUAUCAAGGGGCAGAAGAUUGACAAGGACCUGCAGGCUCUUUCCAAGAAGGAGCAGCUGAAGCUGCUGAAGCAGGAGUCCCCUGAGCUCCUGCAGCUGAUUGAGGACUUUGAAGUGAAGCUGAUGGAGCUCAAGGAUGAGCUGCACCCACUGCUACAAAUGAUCAAAGAUGGCACUAUCCCUGAAGGGAAGGGCAGUCGCUAUUUGCAGACCAAGUAUCAUCUCUACCUGAACUACUGUGCCAACAUCAGCUUCUAUCUGGUCUUGAAAUCCAAGAGGAUGCCAGUUCACAGCCACCCCAUCAUCGAGCGGCUGGUGGCCUACAGAAACAUCAUCAAUGACCUUGCUGUUAUAGACCAGAGGUUGUCCUCACAAGUCCGCGUGCUUCUGAGGAACUACUAUGACAAGAAGGAGGAGAAGUUACGGAAGGAGAAGAAAUUUGGAGCGUUUCUCGCCAUGGAAGGCAAGAAAAACAAACCAAAAGGUGCCUCUGCCCUUGCUAAUGGCCAGGCUGCUGCUGCUGAAACCUCGGAUGAGUCGGAGCCGGAUGAGGAGGCUGCUCUGAAGUACUACAAGAUGAUGGAGGAGAAGCUGGCACUCAAGAGGAAGAGAACUGGAGACACAGACGAGCUUGAAGAAGAGGUGUUGGAAGGAGAGGAUCUCAAUAAAAAGAGGGGGGUGACCUAUCAGAUGAUCAAGAACAAAGGCCUCACGCCCAAGAGGAGGAAGAUCGAUCGCAACCCCAGGGUGAAGCACCGGGAGAAAUUCAGGCGCGCCAAGAUCCGGCGCAAGGGCCAAGUGCGCGAGGUGCGGAGGGAACUGCACAGAUACGCAGGGGAGCUGUCCGGCAUCCGCGCUGGGGUCAAGAAAAGCAGGAAACUCAAGUGA